CAGACAUCUGUUCUGAGGCGAGAGGAGAGCGGCGACGGUGUCUCUUCUGCUCGCUGUGAGACAACCGCAGACGAGCUGGACGGACGCCGCUGCUUCUGCGGGCGGAAAUCAGACUAUCCGUUAAUCACGCGCGUGUUCGGUGCGGGUUUCUCUCCGCGGGGUCGCUUCUCCACGUCGCCACCAUGACUGCCGUGUCGCUGCUGCUGAUGGCCGUUUGUGCCACAUCUGUCCUCGCCGAGUCCUCCGUUUAUUUCCGAGAGCAGUUCGAGGAUGGCGAUGCCUGGAAGAGUCGCUGGAUAGAAUCCAAGCACAAGUCGGACUACGGCCAGUUGGUCCUGACUGCAGGGAAGUUCUACGGAGACGGCGAGAAAGAUAAAGGCCUGCAGACGAGCCAAGAUGCCCACUUCUACGCCUCGUCGGCCCGGUUUGAUGACUUCAGCAACAAGGGUCAGCCGCUGGUCAUCCAGUUCACCGUGAAACACGAGCAGAGCAUCGACUGUGGAGGAGGAUACAUCAAACUGUUCCCCUCUGAACUCAACCAGGAGGACAUGCACGGAGACUCUGUGUACAACAUCAUGUUUGGUCCUGAUAUUUGUGGCCCGGGUACAAAGAAAGUGCACGUUAUCUUCAACUACAAGGGCAAAAACCAUCUGAUUAACAAGGACAUCAGGUGCAAGGAUGACGAGUUCACGCAUUUGUACACACUCGUCGUUAACCCCGACAACACUUACGAGGUGAAAAUCGACAACAAGAAGGUGGAGUCUGGAAACCUGGAGGAAGACUGGGACUUCCUUCCACCCAAGAAGAUUAAAGACCCCGACGCCAAGAAGCCAGAGGACUGGGAUGACCGGGAGAAGAUUCCUGAUCCAGACGAUAAGAAACCAGAGGAUUGGGACAAACCUGAGAACAUCCCUGAUCCGGAUGCCAAAAAGCCCGAAGACUGGGACGAUGAGAUGGACGGAGAAUGGGAGCCGCCCAUGAUUGCUAACCCGGAUUAUAAGGGCGACUGGAAUGCCAGAGAGAUCGAUAACCCCGCCUACAAGGGCAAGUGGAUCCAUCCUGAGAUCGACAACCCCGAGUACACGGCCGACCCAGAGAUCUACAAAUACGACAGCAUCGGCGUGAUCGGGCUCGACCUGUGGCAGGUGAAGUCGGGUACCAUCUUUGACAACUUCCUGAUUACUAAUGAUCCCAACCUGGCAGAGGAAGUGGGCAAUGACACCUGGGGCAAAACUAAGGAUGCAGAGAGGAAGAUGAAGGAAAGCCAAGACGAAGAGGAGAGGAAGAAGCGCGAGGAGGAGGAUAAGAAGAGGAAAGAUGAGGAUGAAGAAGAGGACAAGGAGGAGGAGGAGGAGGAGGAGGAAGACGAAGAGGAAGAAGACGGAGAGGAGCCUGAACUGGAGGAAGAGGAGGACGAAAGCCCGGACGCGGUGAAGGAUGAGCUGUAAGCUCAGAAACUGCUCAGACUGUGCAUCAGUGGGCCGCUGGAGACGGAAAAGGCAGACCCCGGCGUCUGACUCCCCAUGGGAGGGACAGACUUUUCAUUUGUUUACAAAAGGGGGGGAGGGGUCAAAAGGGGCAUUUCUGUUGUUUUCCUGAGCCAUCACUACUAUCUGUACUAGGAAAAUUGGAAAAACACAAUCUAUUAUUGAAUGUCAGGAUCAGAAAUGUCAGCAGAACAGGAAAAAUGGGAUUUAUUUUAAAAGGAACCUGGAUUUUUAGGAAGUUGUGACAGAAACAAAAGAUGGACCGUGCCGUAGAAAUGUUUGUUUACCUCAUCUGUUUUGUUUGUCUUUUGUUUUGUCUGUUUUUUGUCCAAAAAUGGGGGAUCCUAUUUAAACAGAGUGGAGAGGAUCUACUGCUGUUGGGGGGGUAAUCUGGAGUGGAAACAGAUGCAGUCGCUUCCAUCAGUUUCUGUUUGACACCGUUUCUGUCGCUGCGCAUGAACUGAACUCUCAGAUGUGGUUUUCAUUAAGAACAGCCCAGGAGCAGUAGAUCUUAUCAGGUUGUUUUUUCUUCAUGUGAACUGCAAUUCAUUCAUAAUUUCAACUUUUCUGCACUGCUGUACCCCAAACACUCUCAAAGAUGCUCCUUUUUGUAAGACUCGUUUUGUACUAAUGGAAGGAAAAGACAUUUCUCAACUGUUGCAGUAGAAAGGUGCUUUGUCCAAUAAAAGCCACCGAAGAAUUAAA